UCUCUCUCACUCAGUCGCUCUCUCUGAAAAUUCAACCCUCUCUCUUUCUAGAGCUCCACAGAGAGUAUUUGAUCCCCGCAUGUAUUUCAUUUCAUGAUCUAUUCUUUAUAAUAUAUUGUUUCCCUUCCCAAGAAACAGGCUUCUCAUUUACGGAAGAAAUCGAGAGAGAGAGAGAGAGAGAGAGAGAGAGAGAGAGAGAGAGCAGUUGUUCUUCUAGAGAUGACGAAGGUUGUCUCAACUCUGUUUCUUCUCUUUCUUGCGUUGAAUUGCUUUGAGGAGCUCGGAUCUGAAGCUCAACGGCUGGAUGCUAAAGAAGUUAGGGCGCUUCGAGCAAUCUCAGACAAGUUAAAGAAGAAAGAUUGGAAUUUCAACGUAGAUCCUUGCAACACGACAAGUUCGUGGGUCAGGGAAACGGAUCCGGAGUCCACCUACUUAAACAAAGUUUCAUGCGACUGCAACUCCAACCCAACCGUUUGCCAUGUCGUUAGCGUAGAGCUGAAGGGUCAGAACCUAACUGGAGUUCUACCUGAAGAAUUUGCAAAUCUAACCUUCCUAACAAAUCUCGAUCUCACUCGCAACUAUCUCAACGGAUCAAUCCCUGCUACAUGGGCUUCCCUCCCUCUCGUUAAUUUGUCUCUUUUGGGAAAUCGCAUCUCUGGAAGAAUUCCAGAGGAGUUAGGAAACAUCAAGACACUCAAGAAAUUGGUCAUCGAAAAUAAUGAGAUUGAAGGACCUCUUCCUCCAAAGCUUGGUGAUUUGAUCAGCUUGGAGGAAUUCUUUAUUUCUGCGAAUGACAUCACAGGAGAAAUACCUGGGAACUUCAUCAAUCUGACAAACCUGACAGACUUUAGGAUAGAUGGGAAUCCUAUCUCCGGUAAGAUUCCUGAUUUCAUCAGGAACUGGAAACAACUAGACAGACUGGAUAUGCAAGGCACGUCUAUGACGGGACCUAUUCCUUCUAGCAUUGCUUUCUUGGAGAAACUAAAAGAACUGAGGAUAUCUGAUUUAGAUGGACCCAGUAUGCCUUUCCCUAAUCUGGAGAAAAUGACCAAAAUGAAGAGAUUGGUACUAAGAAAUUGCUCGAUUUCUGACAAAAUCCCACUGUAUAUUGGGAAAUGGGAAGACCUGAAACUCCUAGACCUUAGUUUUAACAAAUUGACGGGAGAAAUUCCAAGCAACUUUACGGAUAAGUCAUCGCCAGAUAUUAUGUAUCUUACUAGCAACAGCCUGACUGGGAAAAUACCCCCUUGGAUCCUGAUUAGCAGCCGUAACUUUGACUUAUCCUACAACAAUUUUAGCGGGACCCCUCCACCCAAAUGCGAAGGUGCAAACUUGAAUUUGGUGGCUAGCUUUUCAUCUACAGAAAAAGAUUCCGUUGCACCAUGCUUAAGAAGGAACUACCCCUGCCAUGGAAAAGCAAAGAACUAUAAGUUAUUCAUAAACUGUGGUGGAGGGGAACUGCUAUUGACUGACUCUCAUGGUGAAAAUGUAUACGAAGCUGAUGAAGAAGUGAGUGGGACGUCCACAUUCCACACCACUGAUAGAUGGGCAUAUAGCAGUACAGGGGACUUUAUAGGAAAUCCCAAUGCACAUUUCAUUGAAAAACAAUCAUCCAUUGCCAAUCAAGAUUUGUAUGCAACAGCUCGCCUGGCACCUCUCUCCCUCAAAUACUAUGGGAUUUGCUUACAAAAUGGAGAGUAUACAGUUAGACUACAUUUCUCUGAAAUAAUCUUCACCAAUGACGAAACAUUUAGAAGUGUUGGUGUUGGGAAACGCAUAUUUGAUGUAUCAAUCCAGGACAAAAUUGUAUUGAAGGAUUUCAACAUCGCAAAGAAUGCUAGUGGUGCUCGCAUUCCAAUUGUUAUAAAUUUUAAUAGUACUCCUGUGACUGACAACACUUUGGAGAUCCACUUAUAUUGGGCUGGGAAAGGGACCAAUGCAAUUCCAGAGAGAGGUGUAUAUGGACCUCUAAUUUCAGCUAUUACAGUGACACCAAACUUUGUACCUGAUACAGGUGAAAGUGGACUAUCUGUUGGAGUAAUUGUUGGCAUCGUAGCUGGUUGUUGCACCAUUGUUGGAUUGGUUUUGCUAUUUCUUUGGAUGAAAGGUUGCUUAGGAGGAAAAGACCUUGUGGACGAAGAACUCCGAGGCCUCGAGUUACAAACAGGUUACUUCAGCUUAAGACAGAUAAAAUCUGCCACCAAUAACUUUGAUCCUGAAAAUAAGAUAGGUGAAGGUGGAUUUGGGCCAGUUUACAAGGGUACUCUUCCAGAUGGUUCCUUAAUCGCAGUGAAACAACUCUCAUCCAAGUCAAAGCAAGGGAACCGUGAAUUUGUCAAUGAGAUAGGCAUGAUCUCUGCUCUGCAGCAUCCAAAUCUUGUGAAGCUUUUUGGAUGCUGUAUUGAAGGGAACCAGUUGCUGCUGAUAUAUGAAUACAUGGAAAAUAAUAGCCUUGCCCGUGCACUAUUUGGUCGUGAGGAUCAGCGCUUGAAACUGGAUUGGCCAACAAGGCGAAAGAUCUGCCUGGGUAUAGCGAGGGGUUUAGCCUAUCUUCACGAAGAGUCAAGGUUGAAGAUUGUUCACAGAGACAUCAAGGGGACCAAUGUUCUGCUCGAUAGGAAUCUCAAUGCCAAGAUAUCUGACUUUGGUUUGGCUAAACUUGAUGAAGAGGAAAACACCCACAUCAGCACUCGAAUAGCUGGAACUAUAGGAUAUAUGGCUCCAGAAUAUGCAAUGAGGGGUUACUUGACUGACAAAGCGGAUGUUUACAGCUAUGGAGUCGUUUUACUAGAGAUUGUCAGUGGUAAGAGCAACACCAACUAUAGGCCCAAGGAGGAGUUCGUUUAUCUUCUUGAUUGGGCCUAUGUACUCCUUGAUAAGGGAAGCCUCUUGGAACUGGUUGAUCCAGUCCUGGGAUCAGACUACUCAAAAGAAGAGGCAUUGGGGAUGCUGAACUUGGCUCUUCUUUGCACCAACCCAUCUCCUUCUCUCAGGCCCAUUAUGUCUUCUGUGGUUAGCAUGCUUGAGGGACAGAUUGUCAUCCAAGCCCCGACCAUGAGGCCUGCUUCAUUGAGCGAUGGUUGGAGGUUUAAGUCCUUUGAGACGCUCUCUCAGGACAGCCAAAUUCAUAGCAUUUCAAUGGAAGGGCCACGGAUGGAUUCAUCGGUGUCUCUCCAGAGUAAGGAAGAAGAAGCAGAGUCCUCAACAAGAAAACUUAUACCUGAUCUCAUUUGAUAUGAGCAGAAAUUGAUCCAUGCCUUGAGAGGUUUAAAAAAUAAAAAAGCACCAAUACCUCGUUUUAUGUUAGGAGACUGUUUGGAUGCUCCAUGAUUUGCAAUGGACGGGGUGUGGUUCCAGUUUCCCACUCAGCCCCAAACGCAAGUGGGUUUAGUUCUGUUGAAACUGCACAAACAGUUGGAAUUUCUGGGGACUUGUAGUCAGACGUGCAUUUUCUUCUGUUUUCCUUGCUUUGUUUACGGUUUGUAAUCUAUCGUUUCUUAAAACUCACUUAUAUACAUGAUUAUGUCUAAGGGAUGCCCUUUGGAUUACUAAUGCCCAUUCGUGGCUCUUUUCAUUCUACUGUGGAAGCUAGGUGGGGCCACCCUCAUGACGUUUGUUUCGAA